CUUUAUUAAAAUUUGGUCUAAAAUUGUAUCACAAAUGCUUUUUUUGUGCGUAAAAAUAUAAAAUUAAUGUUUUAAUUACAUUUUUCAAACGCGCAGGUACUAAUUUAUUAACUAACUAAUCACUAUUGCGCCUGUUUAGUGAGCGGAAGAUUUGAUUUGGCCAAAAAAAUGUUUAGUCAAAAACGUAUGUCGGUUUUAUUUUCUUGACGAAAGUUAAUAUUUAGGGAAGAUUUAUUCAUUAGUAAUUUUAAAUUAAUUUAAUUUUUAAAUUAAAUUUAAAAAACUGCUGCUACUCUAAGUAAGAAGCUUAACCCUAACCAGUCAGUGCUAACUAGCUAUUUUUUUACGAAUCCGAAACUUGGAAGCCUUGUAUUUUAGUAAACUAGUGGAAAACAAAAUGUCAGAUGUCAAUCAGCCAAUAAAAAUCCUGAAAAGGCAACCAAUGUCCGACCCAUGUCUUUCAAAUUCAACAGGAAAUGGCCCCCACAGGAAGCCAUUGAGGCCAUUAAGAACAUUAGAAGAACGAGAGGCAGCAUAUGCGGAAGCAAGGAAACGUAUUUUGGGGUCAUCUCCGCCUUCAUCAUCAACGUCAUCGAUGGGUAGUGAUGCAGUACUAGCCACAGCUACUUCCAGUGUAUGUACAACUGGUGGUUCUUUGUCGUCUAGUACUGCUGCUGUUGUAGUGACAGAACCAGCUACCUCUGUUGAUGCUGCUGCAUUGUCGAGCAUCUUGGCGACAUCUGUACCUUCUCAAGAAGAUGACAAAUCUGUGGUUGAUUCGCUUACAUUUGAAACGAAAUCGUCCAAAACUUCAAUUUCAAAAACUGAAGUAAAAGAAAGUGCUAACAAGCUAGCAUCAACAUCAACAAGCAAGUUAGUAGUGACAGCAACAAAGACCACAACGAUUCUUGUCACAUCAACAACAUCGAUACAAGUUACUCACCCUUCGUUAACAUCUUCUCUAUCAAACAUGACCAUUGCAGCAACUGCUAAUGAAUCGCUAGAAACUGACAAAUCUGAAACUAAUGUUUCUGAUGAUAAGUGUAUCUCCCCAGCUGUUACAAUUCUUCCAGUAACUUUGGCAGCUUCAGUAACUUUAGCUGCUACUGCAGUUACAGCAACUUCAGCAGUUACAACAGUUGAAGCAGCUACAGACACUUCGGUUGUUGCAACAGUUUCUAUUGUUGCAACAACUCCAACAGUUGAAGCAGCUAAAAAACUUUUAACUUCAGCAAUAGCAACAUCAGCUAAAACAAUUGUGGCUACAAAUCAGCAGACUGCUAGGUCAAAAACAAAAGCGACCUCCCCAUCGGUUGUUGCUGUUUCUGCUACAAAAUCCGAUAUGAAAUCUAUUCAACCAAUGAACAACAACACCAGGCUUGAGAAUUUGAAUAAAAAUAAUAGAAAUAUUAAUAAUUACAAUAAUAAUAGGAAUAAGAUCAUUAAUAAUCCUAAUAACUAUCAACAAAAUGAUACCAAUAACCCAUGCAGAUAUAACAAUAAUAAGAGUACCAACAUCAGCCAUAGUGAUAACAACACAUCCAAAUGUAAUACUAACUCAGCUAACAACAGCAACAAUAUCUACCACAACUUUAACUUGGAAUACACGUUGGAGAGUGCUAACAACAUUCACAACAACAACCUCAACAUUCACAACAACAACCUCAACAUUCACAACAGCGUCAGCAAUAUGUUGAGACCAAGCAGAUUUGAUGCUAUCAAUCCUUAUCUUCAACCUGGCAACAUUAAUAUCCAAGAUAUCCUAUAUAUCCAAACAACAGCAGCAGCAACAACAACAAAAUCAUCCCAAACAACCAGAGCUACCACAACAGCAACUUCAUCCCAAAUAACAUCAACUACCUGCCGAAUAACCACAACAGCAACUACAACAACAUCAUCCCAAGUUGCAACAACCACCUAUCGAACAGUGUCCGAGGCGCUAAUCCAAACUUGAGAAUCAGCAAUAGCGUACAAAAUCCUAGCUUCCACAACAGCCAUAACAUCAAUAGCAUCAACAAUCAGUACAGUAACAACAACAUCAACAACCAAUACAGCAACAACAAUAACAUCAAUAACAUAGCUCUGUACGAAUCAGGGGUGAUUACCUAUCCAUAUAUAAACAUGAGCAAUAGUAACGCCAUUGGCCAUCCAUGUGCUAGAUAUCGUGAUUUCGUUAACAACAACAACAAUAAUAAUAACAAUAAUAAUAUGAAUGUUAAUAAUGCUAAUAAUAACAUGAAUACUAUUACUAAUACUGCUAUAAAUAAUAAUAAUAGUAAUAAUAAUAAAAUUACUAAUAGUUUUAAUAUGUUUGGGGGUACAAAUUAUCGCCAUUAUUAAGCAUUAUGGUCUGUAUAUUGCAGUUCUUUAUUUUUUUUUUUUUACUUCGUUGUUUUGCCACUAUUUUACAUUUUAUUAUUAGUGAUUAUUAUUGAAAUAAUGAUUUGAACUUUGCAAGAGAGCGUGUGCGUGUGUGCGUGUAUGUUUGUACGUGCGCGUGUGUGUGUGUGCGUGUGUGUGGGACUAUUUUAGUUUAUUUGAGUGUAUGUAUUUCUUGUGUUUAUUUCUCUAUGUAUUUUUUACAUGAUGGCUUUGUAUACGCACACAUUCAUACAUACAUAUAUACACACACACACACAUACAUACAUACACAUACAUUUGUAUGUACAAACACAUAAAUGUACAGUGUGUUUCUGUAUUUGCCUACUUGGUCUAUUGAUACGGAUUUGAUUUUU